GUAUUCUAAAAUUUGUUGCACAGAUUUACCUUUACUUACCACUCUUGCAUUAAGAAAGCAUAAUUCUGUUUAACAGCGAUCAUUAACAAAAAUCAUGGCAACUGCCAGUGGUGAGGUGCACCAUCCUGUAGAUCCUGGAAUCUUAAAGCUGCAGUUUGCUCCCUUCAGUAGUGCCUUGGAUGCAGGAUUCUGGCAUGAACUAACCCAGAGGAAACUCAAUGAGUACCGACUGGAUGAGACCCCAAAAGUUAUCAAAGGAUACUACUACAAUGGUGAUCCUUUGGGUUUGCCAACUCGCUUGACACUGGAGUUUAGUGCCUUUGAUAUGAAUGCUUCAAUACCAGCACGUUGCUGUCCUGCUUUUGGAACAUUGUAUAAUACCAACACUUUUGAGACUUUCAAAUCCUGUGAUAAGAAAUCACUUCUGGAAAAAGAAGCAAAUGAGAUAUGGGAAUCAAUAAAAUCUGGAGCUGCUCUUGAAAACCCUAUGCUCUUGAACAGGUUCCUGCUGCUGACAUUCGCAGAUUUAAAAAAGUAUAAUUUUUAUUACUGGUUUUGCUACCCUGCACUCUGCUUCCCUGAUGGAAUACAUAUAAUUCAGAAACCAGUGUGUCUUGGUGACAGAUUCCCACUAAAUCAGAUACAAGCACUUCAGAAAGCAUAUGAUGAACUUUGCCAGAAAGAAGGAGUUACAGCCUUGCCUUAUUUUUUAAUCAAGUAUCAUGACAAUUCUGUUGAGAUAUCUCUGCUGAAAAAGUGGGAUGGUUUCUUCCAAGACCAAGGGGGAAAGGUGACAGUUGGAGUUUAUGAUCCAUGUAAUUUAUCCCACUAUCCAGGAUGGCCACUGAGAAAUUUCCUGAUACUGGCAGCCCACAAAUGGGGCAGCAUUCUCCAGUCAGUUGAAGUGCUUUGCUUCAGAGAUAGGACCAUGCAAGGGGUGAGAGACAUAACACACAGCAUUAUCUUUGAAAUAAAACUUCCGGAGAGAGCUCUUGGCCCAGAUUGUCCAAAAGCUGUUGGAUGGGAGAAAAACCAGAAGGGAGGCAUAGGUCCAAGGAUGGUGAAUCUCAGUGAAUGCAUGGAUCCAAAAAGGUUAGCAGAAUCAUCAGUGGAUCUUAAUUUGAAGUUGAUGUGCUGGCGGUUGGUGCCUACUCUUGAUUUAGAAAAAAUUGUGUCUGCCAAGUGUCUACUGUUAGGAGCUGGUACGCUGGGUUGUAGUGUUGCAAGGACCUUGAUGGGUUGGGGAGUCAGGAAGAUUACAUUUGUGGACAAUGCAAAGAUCUCCUACUCCAACCCAGUACGACAGCCACUGUAUGAGUUUGAAGACUGUCUUAGUGGGGGGAAGCCUAAGGCACUUGCAGCAGCAGACAGGCUACAGAAAAUCUUCCCAGGAGUGAGUUCAGAAGGCUAUAACAUGAGCAUCCCUAUGCCAGGCCACCCAGUGAAUUUUUCUGAAGUAAUGAUGGCACAGGCUCAGAAGGAUGUGGCUAAACUUGAAGAGCUUAUUGAUGCUCAUGACGUUGUUUUCCUGCUAAUGGACACUAGAGAGAGUCGAUGGCUUCCUGCUGUUAUUGCAGCCAGCAAGAGGAAGUUGGUCAUCAAUGCUGCAUUGGGAUUUGACACAUUUGUUGUAAUGAGACACGGACUAAAGAAACCAAAACAGCAAGAAUCUGGUGAUUCAUGUUUCAACAAUGCUUCUGGUUCUUCUGAUCUUUUGGGAUCAUCACUAUUUUCAAAUAUCCCUGGCUAUAAACUGGGUUGCUACUUCUGCAAUGAUGUUGUGGCACCAGGGGAUUCCACCAGGGAUCGGACAUUGGAUCAGCAGUGCACAGUCAGUCGACCUGGAUUAGCCAUGGUAGCUGGAGCACUUGCAGUGGAAUUAAUGGUUUCUGUUUUACAGCAUCCAGAAGGCGGUUAUGCUGUAGCCAGCAGUAGUGAUGAUAGAAUGAAUGAACCGCCUACUUCUCUUGGACUUGUUCCUCAUCAGAUACGUGGAUUUUUAUCAAGAUUUGAUAAUGUUCUUCCAGUCAGCCUGGCAUUUGAUAAGUGCACAGCCUGUUCAACCAAAGUCCUUGACCAAUAUGAACGAGAAGGGUUUAAUUUCCUAGCUAAAGUUUUUAAUUCUUCACAUUCCUUCUUAGAAGACUUGACAGGUCUAACUUUAUUACACCAGGAAACACAAGCUGCUGAGAUCUGGGACAUGAGUGAUGAUGAAAAAGUCUGAAAAUCAUCUGAAUAAGGUGGAAGAUGACCUACUUUGGACUGCAGCACCACCUUUUAUCUGUUGUUUGACAAGUUAAUGAUUGCUUACCCAUUCUGUCUGCUACAAAUACAAAUAUAAUCCACAUUUUGACACCAAUAUCUUCACCUUAAGAGCAGUCUGUUAUGGAUAUAACUCUCCACAUUUUCAUUUUUCUUAUGUAAAUAACUAAAGCAAUGUGGUUAUGUUUAAACCUCGUCUUCUUUUCUUUUUUUCAGUUUCUAAAUAUGGCUUACAUAUAAAAUAUGCUGCUUAAGUAAACUUUGGUGUUUUAUUUGUCCCAGUUUUUAUUUUGCUUGUCAAUGGACAUGUCCAAGAAGCAUGUCUAAAUGUCUUUUUUCAUCUUUCCCAGAUUAGUGGCCCUUUAGUUGGAAAUUAUUGUUGAUUGAUAAUAUUCUGCUAUUGGGAGUUUAAACUGCAUCUUUAAAGGAGAGCAGGAGUAGGUAAGAACCUACACCUACUGCCUACACCACAUUGCUUGCUGCUUCCAAGUACAUACUUACAGUACAAUUGAUUGUUUUGCCUGUGUCAGUGGAGGUGUUAUUCUCUGUAAAGAUCUCAUAAUUUCAUGCUAUGGAAAAGAAUGUGGCUUGACUUAUUUUUACACAGGCAAGACCAAAAUGUGUUGGUAUCAUGAUUAGGCUCCCCUGAAGUUUAGAGAAGGCUCUGAUAUAUAGUAAAAAUUGCUUUGGGGGUGUGUGUAACUGAUUCAGUCAAAACUUGUAGAGAAAUGCUUAACUGAAAGAAGAAAUUGGUUCUCUAACUUUGC